GGCGGCGGCGUCGGCUGCGCGAAGGCGAAGGCAGCGGUGGGUGCAGCGAGGAGGGUGAGGCCGGAGGCCGAGAGGCCGGGAGGCCGUAGUGGCGGCCCAUCGAGGCGGCUGAAGCGGGCGGCUGACGCGGUGGAUCUCGGAGGGAGAACAAAGAGCGGCGGCUGAGGCGGCAGAGGAGCGGCGACGGCGGCGCUGCAGCAGCGGGCGGGACUGGUAUGGUGGUUCCACAGGUCAGACCCCGCUGCACUCACAGGGAGGAGGAGGCGGCAGCGGCGGAGGAAGGCGGCGCACCCCAAGAGGCAUGCCCAAAGAAAAAUAUGAGCCCCCUGACCCUCGGAGGAUGUACACAAUUAUGUCCUCUGAGGAAGCAGCAAAUGGAAAGAAAUCACAUUGGGUGGAGCUUGAAAUAAGUGGAAAAGUAAGAAGCUUAAGCUCAUCUUUGUGGUCACUAACUCACUUGACAGCUUUGUAUCUAAGUGACAAUUCCCUGUCCCGCAUUCCUUCAGACAUUGCCAAGCUUCACAAUCUGGUGUAUCUGGACCUGUCCUCUAAUAAAAUCCGGAGUUUACCGGCAGAACUCGGAAACAUGGUAUCACUCAGGGAACUCCAUUUAAAUAACAACCUGUUACGAGUUCUACCUUUUGAGCUGGGAAAACUGUUUCAGUUGCAGACUUUAGGCCUGAAAGGAAAUCCACUUACCCAGGAUAUAUUGAACCUCUAUCUGGAACCAGAUGGAACAAGAAGGCUACUGAACUAUUUGCUUGAUAAUUUGGCAGGUACUGCAAAAAGAAUUUCAACAGAACAACCACCUCCAAGAUCUUGGAUUAUGUUACAAGAACCAGACAGAACACGGCCAACUGCCUUGUUUUCUGUCAUGUGCUAUAAUGUUCUUUGUGAUAAAUAUGCGACCCGGCAGUUAUAUGGCUACUGUCCAUCAUGGGCACUAAAUUGGGACUACAGGAAAAAGGCCAUUAUUCAAGAAAUCUUGAGUUGCAGUGCUGAUGUCAUAAGUCUUCAGGAGGUUGAAACAGAACAGUAUUACAGUUUUUUUCUGGUAGAACUGAAAGAACGUGGCUAUAAUGGAUUCUUUAGUCCUAAAUCUAGAGCUAGGACAAUGUCAGAACAAGAAAGAAAACAUGUUGAUGGCUGUGCAAUAUUCUUUAAGACAGAAAAAUUUACUUUGGUUCAGAAACACACUGUUGAAUUUAAUCAGCUGGCAAUGGCAAAUUCAGAAGGGUCUGAAGCUAUGCUGAACAGAGUGAUGACAAAAGAUAACAUUGGAGUUGCUGUACUGCUAGAACUUCGAAAGGAAUUGAUUGAAAUGUCAUCUGGAAAGCCACAUCUUGGAACAGAAAAACAACUUAUUCUCGUGGCUAAUGCUCAUAUGCACUGGGACCCUGAAUACUCUGAUGUGAAGUUGGUUCAAACAAUGAUGUUCCUCUCAGAAGUGAAGAACAUCAUUGAUAAAGCCUCGAGAAGCCUCCUGUCCAGUGCAUUGGGAGAAUUUGGAACUAUUCCACUGGUGUUGUGUGCAGAUCUUAAUUCUUUGCCGGACUCUGGUGUUGUGGAAUAUUUGAGCACUGGUGGAGUAGAAACAAAUCAUAAAGACUUUAAGGAACUGAGAUAUAAUGAAAGUCUUACAAACUUCAGCUGUAAUGGGAAAAAUGGGACAACCAAUGGAAGGAUCACUCAUGGUUUCAAGUUAAAGAGUGCCUAUGAGAGUGGCCUGAUGCCUUACACAAAUUACACGUUUGAUUUUAAGGGUAUAAUUGACUACAUCUUCUAUUCUAAACCUCAGCUGAACACUUUAGGCAUCCUGGGACCUCUGGACCACCAUUGGCUAGUUGAGAACAAUAUCAGCGGCUGCCCACACCCACUCAUCCCCUCUGACCACUUCUCACUUUUUGCACAACUGGAGCUCUUACUGCCUUUCCUGCCCCAAGUUAACGGCAUUCACCUUCCUGGCAGGAGGUAGUCAAGUACCUUCAGAGGAUGACCUCAGUUUCACUCGUAAACUCGUAAAAAAUCUGAAUAUAGGGGAGUGAGGUAUGGCCACUAGGGAUUUUUUUUUUCUUAAUGAUGAUUUGAGUUUUCAAUCUGAUUAUUUGAUAAGGAUAUAGUACGAAAGCCAGGUGCUAGCAAACAGACAAAUUCUGAGCCCGAUAUGCUUUAUAUACUGUUAGACAGGGACUGGUGUGUUUGCACCUAUCUUUAAUUUGUUACAAGUAAUUUUCCUGUUUCUUCUAUCCAAUAUAAUAUUUUCAUGCCUUGAAAUAGGAAAAUGUUUGAACAGCAUAUUCUCUUUGCACAGAAAUCUGUAGCACUACUUUUUUGAGGCCAGUAAUAACAUCCAGAGAUCAUUCUUCCAUACUUUACUCCCUCCUUUUUCAGACUUGUUUGUAAAAUAUAGAAUUUAAAUUUAGCCUUUAUGAUUGUAUAUGAUCCACAGAAGACCUGAUUUAUGAAAUUUUGUACUAAAAAAAUCAGAUUUGGAAAUGAUUGUAUUGUAAUCUAAGGCUAAGUUUUUUUUUUACCUGUUUCAUGUGUUACAAAGGCCAGCUUGUAAAAGAAGUUGCAACAGACUUUCUCUGCUGAUGAUUUGCACUGUUAGGGUUUUGUUAGCCCUUUUGUACUACUUUGUUUUUAAAUUGAGAACAUUGCUCUUUAAAUCUAAAUCUGUUUAAAGUUUAGGACAUUUUCUUGGACCAGAGGCAACUUACCCAUGAAUUCCUGGGUUUUUACAAAAAACUAUCUACCAGGACAGAUAAGCUGAGCAGUGAAUGAUCUGUAGGCAUUAUGGACUGAAUGUAAUGGUUGAUAUAUGUGCAUUCUGAUAUUUUUAAAUCCUCAGCUUUUUUAAGUUACAAAAUUACAGCUGCUUAGGGACAGCUUCUUAACUCCUUUUUGAGACACUUCCUGUCCUAUCUCCACUGUGCCUGCCUGAAUUUGUUCUCACCAAGCACUGCCUGUGCAUGCAGAGAAAAUCUGUGCAUCCUCUUUUAUAUUUUUAAAUACUGUUUAACAUUUGUCAGAGUUUUAUGAAAAUGCUUUUGUAUGGACUGUGGCUUUUUUUCCAUUGUGAAGCAUUGAAUAUCACAUUUUGGAACAUGUUCAUAGGGUGGGUCCCUGGGUCUUUACUCACCAGACCCAAGCACUGCUUCUUGGUGUCAUUGCACAGUGCUGUUCGUCACCCAGAGUACUACUAUCAUGUGAAUUCUUUUUGUUUUCCAUGUAUUCCUUAGUUUCCAUGUUUUUUAGAAAUCAUUCCUUUAAAAAAAAAAAAAGUAAUUUUCCGUUUAUGAAGCAGUAUAAAAUAAAUGAGAUGUAUUUUCAAAACAGGUCCCUAAGACAAUACUUCAGAUCAUUUUAAAAGUGACUAAGUCAUGUCAACCAAGAUAAAAGUUAUAUUAUACCUUGUAUUUUGCCCAUAGUGCUGUUAGUAGAGAUUAAAGCCAGCUUUAACUUUGCAAAGUUAACUCCUAUAUGUUCUGUUCUCAUUCAUUCAUUCUCUCAAAAAAAUCAAAUGAAUUCACAGGGAACUUGAUCUAACUGCUUUUGUUUCAACUGCAGGCAGGGGAGCAAAAGGACACCAUGUAUGUGAGCAUUAAGAAAAGAAAUUGUUGAAUGUUAAUAACAGUUUUUAUACAGAGAGUGAGUCAUUUUGGAUAAUGACUUAAAAUUUUAUGAAAAAUGUUUAGCACUUAAAUGUGCUUAUUCUGUUUUUAAGAGAAAAUAAAAUCACAUACUGUUUAA